CCGCCGUGGCCUUGCGCGGGGGUCCGCCGGGCGCCGCCGCUAUCUGCGACCCGUGGGAGAUGCGGGAGCGGCUGGGCACCGGCGGCUUUGGCGACGUCUCUCUCUGCCAGCACCGGGUUUUAGGUACUAAGAUAGCAAUCAAGUCUUGUCGCCAGGAACUAAGUGUGAAAAACAAAGAUCGGUGGUGCCAUGAGAUCCAGAUAAUGAAAAAAUUGAACCACCCCAAUGUUGUAAAAGCCUAUGAAGUGCCUAAAGAGAUUAAUUUCCUUGUCAAUGAUGUCCCACUUUUAGCUAUGGAAUAUUGCUCCAGAGGAGAUCUCAGGAAGCUCUUGAACACACCUGAAAAUUGCUGUGGUCUUAAGGAGAGCCAAAUACUUUCACUUCUGAGCGACAUUGGGUCUGGUAUCCAGUACUUACAUGAAAACAGAAUAAUACAUAGAGACCUAAAACCUGAAAAUAUUGUUCUUCAGGAUGAAGGUGGGAAGACAGUUCACAAAAUAAUAGACCUGGGAUAUGCCAAAGAUCUGGAUCAAGGAAGCUUAUGCACAUCUUUCGUUGGGACCUUACAGUAUUUGGCACCAGAACUCUUUGAUAAUAAGCCCUAUACGACUUCUGUAGACUUCUGGAGCUUUGGAACUGUGGUCUUCGAGUGCAUUACAGGAUUUAGACCAUUUUUACAUAAUCAGCAGCCUUUUAGCUGGCAUGAUAAAAUCAAGAAGAAAGAUCCAAAAUUCAUCUUUGCAUCAGAAGAGAUGACUGGGGAAGUUAGGUUCAGUGCUCAUUUGCCAAAUCCCAACAGCCUAUGCAGUAUAAUUGUAGAAUUAAUGGAGAGUUGGCUACACUUGAUGCUAAAUUGGGAUCCGCAGCAGAGAGGAGGCGGUACAGACCCAGAAACUGGCAAUACCAGGUGUUUCCAAUUAAUGGAUCAAAUAUUGGGCUUGAAGAUAGUUCACAUCUUAAAUAUGACUUCUGCCAAAAUCUUGUCUUUUACGUUGCAUCCUGAGGAAAGUCUUCAUUCACUUCAGUCACGUAUUGAAUCUGAGACCAGAAUAAACACAGGCAACCAAGAGCUUCUCCUUGAGAUGGGAAUUUGUCUGGACCCUCGGAAGCCAGCCUCACAGUGUGUUAUUGAUGGCGUAAGAGGUUGGGAUAGCUACAUGGUUUACUUGUUUGAUAAAAGCAAAACUAUAUAUGAAGGCCCUUUUGCAUCUCGGAGUCUGUCUGACUGUGUGAAUUACAUUGUACAGGACAGCAAAAUUCAGUUGCCCAUUUUGCAGCUUCGUAAGAUAUGGGCUGAGGCUGUGCAUUAUGUGAUUGGGCUAAAAGAAGAUUACAGCCGUCUAUUCCAGGGGCAGAGAGCUGCGAUGCUGAGCCUUCUAAGAUACAAUGCCAAUUUAACCAAAAUGAAAAACAACAUGGUAUCAGCAUCACAGCAACUGAAAGCAAAACUGAAAUUCUUUCAUCAGAGCAUCCACCUUGACUUGGAAAAAUACAGUGACCAGAUGACAUAUGGAAUAUCCUCGGAGAAAAUGCUGAAAGCCUGGAAAGAGAUGGAGGAAAAAGCCUUACAGUAUGAACAGAUUGGAGAUAUUGGCUACCUGGAUGAGCAGAUCAUGGCUUUACACACGGAGAUUGUGGAACUGCAAAGGAGUCCCCAUGCACGACGACAAGGCGAUCUCAUGGAAAACCUCGAACAAAGAGCUAUAGAACUCUACAAACAAUUAAAACCAAGAGCGCCAGAUCAUUCCUACAGUGACAGCACAGAGAUGGUGAAGAUCAUUGUCCAGACCGUUCAGAGUCAGGACUGGGUACUCAAGGAACUCUUCAGACAUCUUAGCAAACUAUUGGGAUGUAAACAGAAGAUUAUUGAUUUGCUUCCAAAGAUUGAAGUGGCUCUGAAUAAAAUCAAGGAGGCGGACAAUUCAGUGAUGCAGAUGCAAGGGAAGAGGCAGAGGGAAAUCUGGCAUUUGCUGAAAAUCGCUUGUACUCAGAGCUCUGCUAAAUCUCCUGUAAGUUCCAGUGUUGAAGACAUAAUUACUUCUUCAGUGCCUGCCUGGCUAUCGCAACCCUCAACAGGAAAUGUGCUUCAAUCUCUUUCUUCUGUUGGAGCCUCUAGAAAUAUGGUGGCUUUUGCACAUUUGAUAGAAGAAAAUUUAAGCUACCUCGACAGUUUUAGCACUGUCAUGCAAGAAGCAAAACAUGACCAGAAUAGCAGCGUGAUGAGUCUUGAUUGGAGUUGGUUGAAUAGUUGAAUAUGCAAGCAGACCAUCAAGAAGUUGCAAACAAAUGCCAUGUGUGCAUCUGUUCCAUCCUGGAUUCACCAUCACCUCCUAAAUGCCACUGCCACUGCCUGGGCUUCUUGCAGUUGGGGGAUGGCUGGCGCUUUAAAUACACACCUGCAAAAGUCAUUCAGAAGCCAAAUUUCAGUGACCCAGGGCCCUCUACUGUCAGACUACUACGGCUGCUGCAAUAUCAGUUUUCUUACCUCCAUUUGAGAGAUCAAGUCCUGAUGAUUCUCCAUUCAACCUGAAACCAUUUUGUCUUUAAUUAAAGGGGAAUCCUGUCAUAUUUGUCUAGUCCUUCUGAAACUUCUGAGGAAGAAGCUGGCUUCUCACACUAAAACAUCACACAACCUGGAUGGAGUGUCUCCUGCCAUAAGGUAUAUAGUGCAAUAUAAUGCAAUAUACCAAAAUAUUGAACUAUUGCACUAUAAAAAGUUAGUAAAUUCUGCUAAGAUAGAAACUAGAGAGGAGAAAAGAAAUAAACAGUGCUGAAUAGUUUAUCACAUGCUUUAUUUUUUGAUUUCCCCUUUCUUCACUAGCUCCUCUGGAAAUAUUGAUAGUCUAUUUCUUUUCAACAUAAUAAGAGAAUAUUUUGUUAUAUAUUAGAUGUGUUACUUUUUGUACUCCAAAUUGGCUGUUACCUGACCUCUCAUCCUAAAUAGACUGGGAUAGAAAUGUAGAAAAUUAAUAAAAUGAUCUCAAGCAA